AUGGCGUCGCAGUCGCAGUCGUUCUCGCAGACAUUCGGAGGCGUGGGCGCUGGCGGCGAUGCGUCCAGAGGCGGAGGCGUCGGCAUGUCCAACUACGAGGAGGAGAAAGCGAAAUGCGUCGAGUUCCUACUUAACUUCACGUCAAACCUGGACGACCCAGCGCUAGAACCCAAAUACGCGCGCAUGCUGCAAGAGGUGGCAAACCGUGAACGAACCUCCAUCCCCAUCGCCUUGGACGACAUACAAAUUUUCGAGAAGGACGACCCGACUUUCGUGUCGCGUAUUGUGCGCAAUGCUCGUCGAUAUGUCGCACUCUUCUCGGACGCAGUGGACGAGAACUUGCCCGCCCCUACAAGAGACAUUUCCGACUCGCAAGACGUCCUGGAUGUCCUCCGUAUCUCUCGCGCUCAAGAAGUAGCACAGCAGCGUCAAUCAGACGACGGAGAGAGCCAAACUGUCAACCCAGCGACCAUCUUCCCUCCAGCAUUAAUGCGUCGCUUUGAAGUGCAUUUGAUCCCUGGUGUUAAGCUUAAAGCAGUACCUAUUCGUGACGUAAAAGCAGCCAAAGUCGGUGCUUUGGUUCGUAUUAAGGGCAUGGUCACCAGAGUGUCCACCGUCAAGCCGCUACUGACUGUAGCCACCUACACGUGCGAAGCCUGUGCCUAUGAAGUGUACCAGGAAGUCAAAGCACGUCAAUUUAACCCCUUGACACAAUGUCCAAGUGAACGCUGCGAGACGAACAAAGCGCAAGGACGUUUAAUCAUGCAAACCAAAGCUUCCAAGUUCGAUAAGUACCAGGAAGUCAAGUUCCAGGAGCUACCGGAUCAAGUACCUAUGGGACAUAUCCCACGGUCUCUUACAGUUUAUCUACGAGGCGAACUCACCCGCACAUGCGAGCCUGGCGCUCUCGUGACCAUCUGUGGCGUGUUUCUACCUCUUCCGUACUCUCCACAACGACAGAUGCAGAUGGGUCUUGUGACUGAGACGUACUUGGAAGCCACCGACGUUGUGAACCAUAAGAAACGGUACUCGGCAAUGGAGUCGUCUGAAGCCAUGGAAAGUGCCGUGUUGAGACUACAAGAAGGCGCGGAGAAUGUGUACGAGGUCUUGUCUCAGUCGCUAGCGCCCGAGAUUUACGGCCACGAAGAUGUCAAGAAAGCGCUGUUGUUACUACUGAUUGGAGGAGUGACGAAGCGUAUGGAUGAAGGUAUGAAGCUACGUGGAGAUCUCAAUGUCUUGCUUAUGGGAGACCCGGGAGUAGCCAAGUCGCAGCUUCUUAAACAUAUUGCUACUGUGGCUCCGAGAGGAGUCUAUACGACAGGAAAAGGCAGUUCGGGAGUCGGUUUGACUGCUGCAGUGGUGCGUGAUGCCACGACAAAGGAAAUGACAUUGGAAGGUGGAGCUCUGGUCCUUGCAGACAUGGGGAUCUGCUGUAUCGACGAGUUUGAUAAGAUGGAAGAGGGCGAUCGUACCGCUAUCCACGAAGUCAUGGAGCAACAGACUGUGAGUAUUGCUAAAGCAGGCAUCACGACGACAUUGAACGCGCGUACGUCGGUCCUGGCAGCAGCCAACCCCAUCUACGGACGCUACAACAAGAAGCUGAGUGCGUCGCAGAACAUCAACCUGCCCAAUGCGUUGUUGUCUCGCUUCGAUCUCUUGUUUCUACUAUUGGAUGUGGCGAAUUACGAGAAAGAUGAAGCCCUGGCUCGACAUGUGACGUAUGUGCAUCGAUUCUCGCGUAACCCGGAGAUGAAGUUCGACCCGGUACGUCCAGAAGUGCUGCGGUACUUUAUUGCCAUCGCCAAGCAGUACCAGCCCAGUAUUCCGGAACAUUUGUGUGGGUAUAUCGUCGAAGCGUACGUGACACUGCGUCAACAAGACGUCAACGACCACGCGCGAGAGCGACAGCGACAACAAUUCCGGCAACAAUUCGGAGACGGCGGGGCCAAUGACGCUCAGACCGCCAUGACAGCUCGACAGUUGUUAAGUAUUUUACGUCUCUCGCAAGCUCUCGCGCGACUACGAUUCUCCACGGAAGUUAUUCACCAGGAUGUCGAUGAAGCUAUCCGCUUAGUGUACGUGUCCAAGGCGUCGCUAUCAGAGCAGGAUGAUGUCAAUGGAGUGGGAAACAAUGGCAAGACGGGUGCUUCAGGGACGGGCAGGUCGGCAGAUGCCACGUCCAAGAUCUUCCGGUUGGUGCAGGAGUUCGCUACUGACCGCAACCUCAAGAUCCUCGCGAUGAGCGACCUGGAACCGGUUGUUCUGCGGAAAGGCUUUACGUCUCAGCAGUUGUACGCAUGCAUCCAGACGUACCAAGACCUGGAAAUCGUGCAGUUGUCUAAUAACGGGACGAGUCUCACGCUCAUAUAGACAAACAGGAAGAUCUUAACGCUAAAUUUAGGAAGUAUAGCUUUUCAUAAUCCA